GAAAGAGCCAGCCUGGGCCGGGAAGGCAGCCGGAGAUGGAGCCAGAGCUCGGAGCUGGUGCUCCAUGAGCAGCUCCAUGAUGGGGAGAAGCCCCACACAUGCGUGGAGUGUGGGAAGAGCUUCAGGUGGAACUGUGACCUGAUUGUGCACCAGAGGACCCACACUGGGGAGAGGCCCUACGAGUGUGGGGAGUGUGGGAAGAGCUUCAGCCGGAGCUCCCACCUGAUCAGGCACCAGAGGACCCACACUGGGGAGAAGCCCUACGAGUGUGGGGAGUGUGGGAAGAGCUUCACCAUGAGCUCCCACCUGAUCAGGCACCAGAGGACCCACACUGGAGAGAAGCCCUACAAGUGUGGGGAGUGCAGGAAGAGCUUCAGAGAGAGCUCCAGCCUGAGGAAGCACCAGAGGACCCACACUGGGGAACGGCCCUACGAGUGUGGGGACUGUGGGAAGAGCUUCACCAUGAGCUCCCACCUGAUAAGGCACCAGAGGACCCACACUGGGGAGAAGCCCUACGAGUGUGGGGAGUGUGGGAAGAGCUUCAGGUGCAGCUCCAGCCUGAUCAUGCACCAGAGGACCCACACUGGGGAGAAGCCCUACGAGUGUGGGGAGUGCGGGAAGAGCUUCAGAGAGAGCUCCCACCUGAUAAGGCACCAGAGGACCCACACUGGGGAGAGGCCCUACGAGUGUGGGGAGUGUGGGAAGAGCUUUAGGUGCAACUCCAUCCUCAUCAGCCACCAGAGGAUCCACACUGGAGAAAGGCCGUACAAGUGUUCAGAGUGUGGGAUGUGCUUCAGCCAUAGCUCCAGCCUGAUCAAGCACCAGAGGACCCACACUGGGGAGAGGCCCUAUGAGUGUUCCAAGUGUGGGAAGAGGUUUAAGACCAGCUCCCAUCUCCUCCAGCACUAUUGGAUUCACACAGAGGAGUGGCUCUUCCAAUGCCCUGACUGUGGGAAGGGAUUCAAGUACAACUCCAACCUCAUCACUCAUCAGCGCAUCCACACUGGGGAACGGCCCUACGAGUGUGAUAAAUGCAGGAAGAGGUUUCAGACCAGCUCCUAUCUCCUUCGGCACUAUCGGAUUCACACAGAGGAGAGGCCCUUCCAGUGUCCUGACUGCGGGAAGGGAUUCACAUGCAACUCCACCCUCGCCAGGCACCGGCGCAUCCACACAGGGGAGAGGCCCUACGAGUGUGAUAAAUGCAGGAGGAGGUUUCAGACCAGCUCCUAUCUCCUUCAGCACUAUCAGAUUCACACAGAGGAGAGGCCCUUCCAAUGCCCCGACUGUGGGAAGGGAUUCAAGCGCAACUCCACCCUGUUCAAGCACCGGCGCAUCCACACAGGGGAGAGGCCCUACGAGUGUCCCCAGUGUGGGAAGAGCUUCUCCAGGAGCUCUCACUUGACCCAACACCAACGGAGGCACCGGUAAGGGAAGCCCCGCGAGUGCCCUGAGUGCGGGCAGAGCUUCGUGCGCUGCUCCAGCUCCAUCCCCCACUGGAGGAGGCACUUUGGGCACAGCCCUGGUCACUCACAUUCCCUGUGAUCUAUGUUGGGAACACACGUGGCUGCUUCUCCUUUUGGUUUGGCCCUUAUUUUCCUCUGCUUCACCUUCAUUCUUUAAAAACACCCCCAAACUGGGUUAAAUGAAGGAAAUUGAUCGAAUAUAUCUGAAGUUCCAUAAUUUCUCAGUUGUUUUAGAGGGAAUUCAGGAUUUAGGGACACAUUCUGUGUGGAGUGCUGCUGUUACUAAGAGGCAGGAAUUUGAUCUCACCCUUCUUGUUUAGCUAAGAGCUCCUCCCCUGACCCAAACCCCAACUCUGCCCUUGGGAUACUCUAUAAAAACUCUACUGCCCUGCUUUUGUCCUGUCUUUGGGGGGUAAGAAAUGGAUUCCCAAAGGAUCAGCCUUUUUCCCCCUGGAUUCCCAGAGGAUCUGCCCUUUUCCCUCUGGAUUCCCAGAGGAUUCUGACUCUCUCACUCAUUUUUUUUGUUUGUACUACUGCAUUUGUAUUUUCAAUUUUUCCUAAUAAAGAACUGUAUUUCUACUCCCA